AUGGCGAAUAUGCUUUACAACAAUCUUCCAGGGUUUGCAUCCACAAAAUCUUGGAUGCUACAGUCGGCUAUGAUUUCUAAAUACUGUAUUCAAAAUACUAUUAAAUGUGGAUCAGAAUCAAAUUAUCCUGUUGUUGCAAGAUCAGGUGGUCAUUCUUAUGAAGGUUACGGAAUUGGAGAUAAAGAUUGUUAUUUAGUU